CAUGCUUCCAACGGCAACAAUUGGGCAUGAUAGGGCAUCAGUGGCAGUUAAAAAAGCGUUACAGUGUACUGAUAAUAAUAAAAUAUUUUAUAUAUUAAAGUUUAUGCAAUACUGAGUACGUUUUACGCCAGAAUCUGUAUUUAACGUAAGCAAUAUUUAUUUUAAGUGAAUUGUUGUCCCACUCCUCCAUCAACUAAAGACUGCAACAAGGGAUCCCAAGUUUCUAUUAAUUGAUCGAUCAUGGCUGCUACAACUAAAGGGAUCUUUAUUGUUGGGGCGAAACGAACUCCAUUUGGAAAAAUGGGUGGUAUAUUUGCCAAAACAUCGCACACUGAGUUAUCUGUAAUUGCUUCCACUGCUGCUAUACAAUCUGCUAAUGUAAAACCUGAAAAAAUUGACAGCGUUAUUUUUGGAAACGUCAUGUCCGCUACAAGUUCCGAUGGUAUAUAUUUACCACGACACGUACUACUUAAAUGUGGAAUCCCCUUGGAAAAACCAGCCUAUGCAGUGAAUCGUCUUUGUGGCUCUGGAUUCCAAUCAGUAGUUAAUGGUAUCCAGAGUAUCUUAACUGGAGAAUCAAAAAUUGUAUUGGCUGGUGGUGCUGAAAAUAUGAGCCAAUGUCCAUUUGCCGUAAGAAAUAUUCGCUAUGGUACAACAAUCGGUCAAAAGUAUGAAUUCGAAGACACCCUUUGGGCUGGUCUAGUGGACACUUACUGUCAACUACCCAUGGGAUUAACGGCAGAAAAACUUGGAGCAAAGUAUAGUGUUACCAGAGACGAGGCCGAUCAAUAUUCCCUCAGAAGUCAAAAACUCUGGAAGGAAGCUCAUGACGCUGGCCGUUUUAAAGCUGAAAUAGCUCCCGUGCCGCUGAAGAUCAAAAACAAAGAUGUAGUUGUAGAAGUGGACGAACAUCCACGUCAAAAUGCAAAAAUAGAAGAUUUCUCGAAAUUAAAAUCAGUAUUCCAAAAAGACGGCUUAGUUACCGCGGGUACUGCGUCUGGGAUUUCUGACGGCGCUGGAGCAAUAAUCUUAGCCAGCGAAGAAGCCAUCAAGUCAGAAGGUUUAACCCCUUUGGCGCGUAUCAUCGGAUUUAGCGUCGUCGGGGUAGAUCCAUCUAUCAUGGGAAUCGGUCCUGUAUCAGCUAUCAGAAAUCUCCUAAAAGUUACGGGAAAGUCUAUAGAUGAUAUAGAACUUGUCGAGAUCAAUGAAGCUUUCGCAGCUCAAACAUUGUCUUGCAUUAAAGAUUUGAAACUAGACAUAAAUAAAGUCAACGUCGAUGGUGGCGCCAUAGCGUUAGGGCACCCUCUCGCUGCUUCUGGUUCAAGAAUCACGGCACAUUUAACUCACGAACUGAGAAGGAGGAAAGCCGGCAGCCUGGGUAUUGGUUCGGCAUGUAUUGGCGGUGGUCAAGGUAUCGCUGUGCUGAUAGAGUCUCUCUGAAUUGAUUGCCCGUCUAAUUGACCUGAAAUACUUUGAAUAACUGCCACACAAUGAGCGUUCCUAGAUCAAGUCUAAACAAUCCAAUCCGAUGUGCGAAUAUACGAUUACAAUAUUUUUAUAACUAAUAUAAUUAAAAGUACGUAACACGUAUGGUUAAAGAUAUACUUUUUACAAGUUAUGUGAAAAAUAUAACCAUCAUAAACAAUUUAUAUAUUGCAACGUUAUUAAUAAUAUUAAGAGAUAUAUUUAGCAAAGUGGAAUGAAUUUAUUUGUAUUUACAAUUUGGUAAUACGUUUAUAAAUACAGUUAUGUAUAUGUA